AUGGACGUCAGACUCGCGCUUAUCGCGUUGGCGGUCAUCGGUGUGAUGGCGGCCGGCGUCGUCGCGCGCUUCGGAUCCUUCGCGAGGAUCGCCCAGAUCACCCUCGCCGCUAUCCUCCUGCCAAUAAUCUUUCGCUACCACCACAAGAUCUACAUCAUCCUGAGGACGCUACCCCGCGACAUCAAAUUCCUCUACCGGUACGUCAAUGCCUCCCGCGAGACGAAACAUUAUAUGAAGAACAACACUACGAUAAUGAAGAUCUUCACCGAAAGGGCGAAGCUGUACCCCAACAAGCCCUGCUUCAUCUUCGAGGGUCGCAUUUGGACAAAUAACGACAUAGACAAGUUCAGCAACCAGAUCGCACACGUGUUCCAAAAGGCUGGCUACGUAAAGGGUGAUGCUGUGGCGUUGAUGAUGCCGAACAGGCCAGAAUUCAUAGCCACGUGGCUCGGUUUGGGAAAACUCGGGGUGAUUACGGCUUUGAUCAACACUCAUCUUCGAUUGCAACCCUUGAUUCACUGUCUAACCGUUGCUCGAAUAAAGAGCAUUAUUUACGCCGAUGAAAUAGACGAAGCCAUCGACGCGAUAGCGGAUUCUAUCAAAGGUAUUGCAAGAUACAAGCUUGGCGGCACGAUUCCCGAGGGUUCACAAGAUGUUCACAGUUUGAAUAUACUCAUUGAGGAAGCAAGCACCUCUCAACCUAUUGUCGAUCAAGAGCCGGGAUACAGAGAUAAUUUGUUGUAUCUCUACACCAGUGGCACCACCGGAUUGCCGAAGGCAGCAUUAAUUCCAAAUUCUAGGUACUUACUGGUCAUGGCUGCUACGUUUCACACGCUGGGUCUGAGGUCCAACAGCGACAUAAUGUACAAUCCAAUUCCACUUUAUCACAUGGCAGGUGGAUUGGUUGGCACCGGUUGUGCUCUGGCCAAGGGAGUCCCAAGUGUCCUGAGACCAAAAUUCUCAGUUACCGCAUACUGGACGGACUGUAUCAAGUACAACUGCACUGUAGCUCAAUACAUUGGCGAAAUGUGCCGUUACUUGCUCACGGCUCCUGCUCGUCCUGAAGACACCGCUCAUUCGUUGAGACUCAUGGUUGGUAACGGUAUGAGACCCCAAAUCUGGCAGGAGUUUGUCAAUCGCUUCAAAAUCGAACAAAUCACCGAGAUUUACGGUUCGAGCGAAGGAAACGCUAAUAUCGUUAACGUAGACAAUCGGGUAGGAGCUGUUGGCUUUAUUCCAUCGAUUUUGCCAAAGUCGAUGCAUCCUAUGGCCAUCAUCAGAGUUAAUCCCGAGACUGGCGAGCCUCUGAGAGGACCCGAUGGGUUUUGCAUAAGAGCUGAAGUCGAUGAGCCGGGGAUGUUCAUAGGGCUGAUAAAGCAGAAUGACGCCUCGAGGGAAUUCAACGGCUACUUGGAUAAAGAAGCAUCUAAGCAGAAGACGAUAGAAAAUGUGUUCGUUAAAGGAGACAAGGCUUUCCUAACUGGCGAUAUUCUGGUGCAGGAUGAAUUAGGGUACUUCUACUUCAAGGACAGGACGGGCGAUACCUUUAGGUGGAAAGGCGAAAACGUAGCGACCGCGGAAGUUGAAGGUGUCGUUAGUAACGUGGCUGGACAUAGAAAUACCACAGUUUAUGGAGUUCAGGUUCCGGGUAUGGAAGGAAGAGCCGGUAUGGCAGCAAUCGUUGAUCCCGAUAGUCUUCUGGACUUUAAAGCUCUAGCCGAGGGUCUAGACAAAGCUCUGCCUUUCUAUGCGAGGCCGAUCUUUCUACGAAUCGUGAAGGAGCUUGAAAUGACUAGCACUUUCAAACUAAAGAAGAUCCAUCUUCAGAAGGAAGGUUUCGAUCCCAACAAAAUCCAAGACAAAGUGUAUUUUAGGUCUGGCAAUAAGGAGUACGUCCAAGUCACGCCCGAGCUCUACGAAGAGAUUAUUUCCGGCGCGGCUAAGCUCUAAGGAGCGAAACGAUCUAAGAAGUGCCGGAAGUAAUAUUAAACAAGUGCUCAUCAGAAAAGACCUUAAAUGAAGCCACGAAGACUUGACGUUGCGUGAUGUUUAACUUAAGUAGUGUUUUCAUUGCGUACAUACGAUUACCUAUACAAUUUUUUAGAGUGGCGGUAAAGGCAAAAUCGGAAGAGAAGGAAAGGAAAGCGAGACUUUGGCAAAUUAAUGCUGACCGCUCUAACUUAAAAAUGAAAUCAAGAAACAAGAGAUCGCUCAAGAGAUAACAAAUCUUUGCAUGGAACAACGGGAAAUGUGAGCACUUCUAGAUGCGAGGAGGGUUGCGUACAAUUAGACGUUCCUUUUGGUGACGGUUAGGAAAGUUGUACAGCAACCGAUUUAAGAUCGCCACGUGGAGGAAUCCUUGGUUCAGUACGAAUUUCCGCGCGCAAGCACAAUAUUGUAAUGGUCGAGUAAACAUUACGCAUCCCAACCUGGGCAAUUAUUUAACAUAAUUUUGUACAAAAUUUCUGCUACAAACGGUGAGGAUUUAUUUCCAAACGGUACAUGAAGUCCGUGCGCCUUGAUAUGUAUCCCGAUUAUUAAUUAAUAGAAAGUAUUAUAUUUUCCAAUGUUUUAUUAACUAAUGAUUGGAAUGCCUGUCAGGCGCAAGUAUUUCUUGUUCAUUGAUUGCAGAGAAUUUACAAAUAUCUGUUGAAAAUGAAUUUUGAAUGAAAUUAUUGAAUUCCCAGGUCUGUAUUCAACGCAGGUCUUCGACCGCUCGGUGAAUUAGGACGCGUGAGACCGAAUUGAAUCUUACUCGAGCCUAGGAAAAAUUGAAAGUUGUAUAAUUAUGUUGAAUAACGUGCUCGAAUGCGCUUCGGUUUGCUUUCAUUCGGUCUGGUUUACUGAGGUGGCGGACUCCAAUUAUUUCUUGCGAUGGAUCCACCUUGGGACACUUCGCACUCAAAGACACUCUUUACUAUUAAGGUAGGCCCGGUCUUAGCGUUUCUAGGGAUUUAUUAUGUACACGUAAUAUAAUGUGAAAUUGGGUGUUCAUUCGCGUCCGGUGAUACCUAGUACUUAAUGAACGAAUCGUAAGUAUCGUGCUGUACGGUAUCCGAGCGUUGACGAGUCGGACUAACUUUUCUCAUUCCUUUUCAUGGCUCGUCGGAGUGCGAGGUCCUUUCAACUAGUUUCUCGUAGAUUGGACCGAUAGGCGUUGAACUUCUUGGAAAAAAAAAGUUAUAUCGUUAUAUGAUGUGUGUCGAUCUUGUUUUAGAAUCUUUGUUAACGACCUCGUUCUCAAGUUAAGAUCUAUAUGCUAGUACUUAUUACGUGAAUGAGCUCACCGGCCGGUUGCGGGUCAAUGUUCACGGGCGACUCUGGUCGGUUUAUUUGUAUUACUAUUGAAAAUUAAUUCGAGAAGAGUGCUUUCUUUGCGAGUCGUAUCGAACCAUUUUCGACUGCGUCGAAAGUCCUCGACCCGAUAGAGAGCUCCCCUUAAAUUGGGUAUUACGUUAUGUCGUUUCCUGGGGCGCUCAAUUGAAAUCCCCCCUCUCGUUCAGUUCGAAAGACGAUGCGUUUGUGAGUUUUCCCAGUCAAAAUGUUGCAGCACCUAAACGAUAUCUCAUCACUAGAAUGCCCAAUCUCGCAGCGAAUGCGCAAGACCGUUUCUAAGCUGGCUACGAACAGCUGAGGAACGCCUCGAUUGAAUCGCAAGCUGCGUACGCAGCCUAUAUUUAAUUGUAAAGAAACUUAAAUCUUACGGAUUGAAGAGCAUACCUACGUGUAUUGUCACACGGACACGAAAGCGUUUUCGCGCAAUCAUGCGUGUGCUUGCAUAGGUACAACCUCGCGGAUACUUCUCCCUUGUCUUUUUUCUCACGUUACUCACUCACGCCUGCGCGCAUGUAAGGGCGGGACAAUUAUUAAAAGCGAGAAUGCGAAAAUUCGUAGAAAGAUAACGUCGAGGUACCAUUAACGAUCCUUCGGAACGUACAGUCGGUUGUAGAGCGCGAGCAAUCCUAUUAGCUAAGUUUCGCCUAAUUCGACGAGUAAUCCACUAAGAGGGUAUGGGUGACAAUUUCACGUAGCGCCUAAUACUUAUUCCGACCAACAAGGAUACUUUAUGACAGAUUUCAUAGUCAGAUUACCAAUGGGACAUUCAUAAGUUGCGGUGUUACGUACAACUGCGGAGAAGCUUUGCGUAGCGUACGAAACUGGAUACGGGAAACAUGGCUCGAAUAUUUCGUUCGGAAGCUUGCGGUGGCAUCGUUUGAGAAAAUAGGAGAGCUCAAGAUACGACUUCCCGUAAUAUUUGUAUAUCCAAUUAAUUCACGUCUCGUUUCCAAAGACUCCACGUUUGAAGAAUUCACCCCAUGGAGUUAUUUUCCACGAUUCACUCUUAACAACGGCUGUAAGACGUCGCUAAAUCACAAGGGAAUUCUGCAACACGUAAUGCAUGUAAUUCGUGCGAAGGUGUUUUAAUUAAUAGAAUAUUCCGACGAUUUUGAAGCGUAUUCAAAUUAUUUUCUGUCUUGAAAGCUCCUCCUUUUUCUUAUCGCGAUGCUUAGGGGGCUCGUGUAACGCGGAGUAACCGGAUUCUCUGUCCGCUCUCGAGAUAUUAAUAUUAAUAAAAGAGAAUGGCAUGGAAAAAAAUAGAAAAACUUGAGGGAAAAGCUAAUAUCGUGUCAUGUGCCUUGUAGAUGACCAUCUGCAGAUGUGUUAACGCGUGCAUAUUAUUGCGAUCGGAUGAUCGAAUCCUUCACGUUCGAAAGGGCAUGGUUCCAAAGCGGAGGAGGCGCAAAAUGGGCGCGUAAGCUUAAUUAGUAGCCGCAUCACUUAGACCACCAAAGAAUGAAAUUGAGAAGCGUGAAUGUUGCGAAUUUUAGUGUGAUAUCUGUCGAUCGUCUUGUUGAGUGUAAAUAAAGACAGUUUAAAUAUUGUG